GGCCUGCACAGCCCUCAACAUGAACAAGUUGAAAUCAUCACAGAAGGAUAAAGUGCGUCAGUUUAUGGUCUUCACACAAUCUAGUGAAAAGACAGCAGUGAGCUGUCUGUCUCAAAAUGACUGGAAGUUAGAUGUUGCAACAGACAACUUUUUCCAAAAUCCUGAACUGUAUAUACGAGAGAGUGUUAAAGGAUCAUUGGACAGAAAGAAGUUAGAACAGUUAUAUAACAGAUACAAAGAUCCUCAAGAUGAAAAUAAAAUUGGUAUAGAUGGCAUACAGCAGUUUUGUGAUGAUUUAGCUCUUGACCCAGCCAGCAUUACUGUACUCAUCAUUGCAUGGAAAUUCCGAGCUGCAACACAGUGUGAAUUUUCAAAGCUGGAGUUCAUGGAUGGAAUGACUGAGCUGGGAUGCGACAGCAUAGAAAAACUGAAGGCCCAGAUUCCUAAAAUGGAACAAGAAUUGAAAGAGCCAGGAAGAUUUAAGGAUUUUUAUCAAUUUACUUUCAACUUUGCAAAGAAUCCAGGACAGAAAGGUUUAGAUUUAGAAAUGGCCAUUGCCUACUGGAAUUUAGUACUUAAUGGAAGAUUUAAAUUUCUAGACUUGUGGAACAAAUUUUUGUUGGAACAUCAUAAAAGAUCUAUUCCUAAGGAUACCUGGAACCUUCUUCUAGACUUUAGUACAAUGAUAGCAGAUGAUAUGUCUAACUAUGAUGAGGAAGGAGCAUGGCCAGUUCUUAUUGAUGACUUUGUGGAAUUUGCACGCCCUCAAAUUGCUGGGACAAAAAGUACGACAGUGUAGCACUAAAGGACCCUUCUAGAGUGUACAUAGUCUGUACAAAUACCUGAAAUGGAAAAUUGCACAGUCAAUUUCUGCUGGCUGGACUGAACUGAAGAUCAAUCCUCACAAUUAUGGCUGAGGGUUGAGACAAACCUUUAAGGAUACAUCUUGGACCAUAUCAUAUUUCAU